AUGCCUAGAUCCAUUCCUUGGAUGGCGCCUAACGGUGCGAAGCAAGGCGCGCCGUCCGAUGCUUCGAAGCGUAAACGUUCCAGUGAUGUGAUUGACCUCACCGGCGACUCCGCCGAGACGCGUCCACCAAAAACGUCGCGCAGUUCUUCGGCGGCAGGCACACCUUCACAUUCGCGAAGCUCUGCCGGUCCAAGUUCUUCUGCUGCUGGAAGGCGUCAGUUUGCUCGUACUCCUUCAUGGACUCAACCAAGUCCCUCGUCGCAAAGGAGUCGCACAGCCUAUGUGCCGCCGUGGACUCCACCUCAACAACACAGUCAGACUGAACGCGACGCUUGGCUUCAGGAAGAAGACAGUGACAUUUUUGAUAAUGUUGCAUCUUCACAGAAUCCUCCUGUAGCCCAUGAUCAAUACCAGAAGUAUGGCUCCUUGGACACUAAAAUCGUUGGUGUCCGCUUUUACACAGGCUUUGCAACCGUGGGAGAGAGGAUUACCAUCAAACGAGAACCGGGUAAUCCUUAUGACCCCAAUGCCAGUAAGUCAUUCAAGCAGCAGCUUGACAAACAGUUCGCUGAGCCUAGAANNGUUCGAAUCGACAACAUGAUCAAUGAACAAAUUGGUCAUAUCGGAAGAAAUAUGGCAGCCAAGCUUGCAAAGUACAUUGACAAAGGUUGGCUUCUCAUGGAAGGAUCACUUUCUGGAGAAAUUGGCCAAUACGACUGCCCCAUUGCUUUGAAUCUUUUCGGACCUCCUUUGAGCUCACCCUUGAGCGAAGAAGUGCGCGAACGUAUGAUGGUUGACAGGCUGCCCACUCAAGACAUUAGUAGGUAUGAGCGGGACCAGAAGAAGAUGCAGCAGACCGCGGAACGCAAGAUAGCUGCGAAUUCUCAGUUCAGAGCUUCACAGGCACCUGGUCUUGCUGGCAGCACGCAAGAACAGACUAUGCAAGACAUUAUCAGCGGUAGUGAACGCUUCAACCCUAGAGACGUCGGCAAAGCUGCAGAACAGUAUGGUACCUCUGAGGAUGACCUCGCGGCCAUGGUCAAGGCUAAACAACCUAUGCGCCUUGCUACAACUAUGCUUCCGUACCAGCUACAAGCACUGGCCUGGAUGCUUGACAAGGAGAGUCCCAAGGUUCCCGCCAAAGGUUCCAAAGACUUCGUACAGCUUUGGCGCAGACACGAGCGUUAUCCCAACGCCUUCACAAAUAUUGCUACCAACUUCUCCAUUAAAGACAGAGAGCCUGUUCUCGCAAGCGGGGGGAUUCUAGCUGACGACAUGGGCCUUGGUAAAACAUUGGAGGUGAUCUCACUACUGGUGACAGAUCUUGAGGACUUUACACCAAGUCAGCAAGACGAGCUAAGUGCUACACUGAUCGUCGCGCCUCUGUCUGUCAUGUCGAACUGGAGCGACCAGAUUGUAAGACACGUUCGUAAGGAUCAGCCAUUGCGUGUGUACACCUAUCACGGAGCUGGAAAGAAGUCGAUGGGCCCUCGGGACUUUUCGCAAUACGAUGUUGUCAUCACCACUUACCAGACGCUUGCGAGUGACUGGGCCUCAGGAGGACAACUACCCAAAUCAAAAGGCUUGUAUUCGGCCCGCUGGCGACGUAUCAUUCUUGACGAAGGACACAACAUCCGAAACCCAAGCAGUAAAGGUGCAAGUGCUGUUACCGCCGUACUUGCGCGCUCACGUUGGGCAUUGACUGGUACACCUAUCAUCAACUCACUCAAGGAUCUUUACUCCUUGCUUCGCUUUAUUGGUAUCACUGGAGGUCUGGAGAAGUUGGAGGUCUUCAACAGUGUUCUCGAUCGUCCAGUCAAAGCCAAUGACCCUAGUGCGCAAGCUCUUCUCCAGGCAAUCAUGUCGGCAUUCUGCUUGCGCCGUCGCAAGGAGAUGAAGUUUGUUGAUCUUAAACUGCCAGAACUGUCCGAGUUUGUUCAUCGCAUCGACUUCGCAGACAAAGAAAAUGAAAGAUACAUGGCACUAUUCCAGGAAGCCCAAGGUACCUUGUCAUCUUACCGCAAGGUCGAAGGUCAAAAGGCUAUGGAGACAUAUCGAUACUUGCUGGAGAUUCUUCUUCGUCUACGUCAAGUCUGCAACCACUGGCAGAUGUGCUCCGAGCGUGUGACCAAUCUGAUGGAACAAAUCCAGAAGCAAAAAGUCGUCGAACUGACUCCAGAAAACCUCAAGGCUUUGCAGGAUAUGCUAUCGUUGAGCAUUCAAUCACAGGAAGAAUGUGCUAUUUGUCUCGACGACUUGCAUACUCCUGUAAUCACACCUUGUGCUCAUGUGUUUGGCAGAGAGUGUAUUGAGCGAGUCAUCGAAACACAGAAGAAGUGCCCGAUGUGUCGUGCGGAGCUCAAGGACAACUCAGUCCUCGUUCAACCAGCCAACGAUUUUGGUGAUGAAGCCAAGGACGAAUCAAUCGAUUUUGAUGCUAGAAGCACCAAACUUGAAGCACUCAUCGGUAUUCUCAACGCGUCAAAGGGUACAGGUAACAAGACUGUUGUCUUCUCUCAAUGGGUAUGUAAUCCUGUAGGGUUCUAUCAUCGUGCAAUCGCUGACUUUGAUUAUGACAGANCCAAGUUUCUCGAUAUCGUGCAGGCGAGACUCGACCGCGAAGGCUUCAAAUACUGCAGACUCGAUGGUACCAUGUCCGCUAGACUUCGAGACCAAGCAUUGCAUGCUCUCGAGGAAGAUCCGGAUUGUACAAUCAUGCUGGCGAGCUUGGGUGUUUGCAGUGUUGGUCUGAACCUUGUCGCUGCCAAUCAAGUCAUACUUUCCGACAGUUGGUGGGCUCCCGCCAUCGAAGAUCAGGCUGUUGACCGUGUGCAUCGCCUCGGACAGACGAAGAAGACCAGUGUUUUCCGUCUCGUGAUGGAAGGCAGUAUUGAGGAGCGUACGCUGGAUAUUCAAGCCGAGAAGCGCAAACUCAUGAUGAUGGCUUUCCAAGAGAAAGACAAUAAGAGAGGAAAGACCAAGUCUUCAAGACUGGGUGAUGUGGAGAAGCUGUUGAGAUGA